GUAGUCGGAGAUAAGUGGUCGGGAAUGGUUGCUUGAAUGCCUAUAUCAUUCAAAUUUCCAAACAAAUAGAAAAUCACAAAUUCGAUAUUGGAACUCGAAUAGAAUUUCGAACUUUUCGUAUAAGUAUUAUUAUUAUUAUCCGUAAAUACCAACCGUCCGAUCCGAAUCCCUCGCUUUCUACUAGAAAAGGCAGGCGUGUAGGGCAGAGUUGAAGAAUCAAUCGUUAAUCAAGCGGCCGGAAAGUAUGUCAGGUGUCAACAACGACGAAGAUAAGAAGCCCGCCACCGUCGAUCAAGGUGCUCACAUCAAUUUGAAAGUCAAAAGCCAGGAUGGUAAUGAAGUGUUCUUCAGGAUCAAAAGGAGCACACAGCUGAAGAAGCUUAUGAAUGCUUACUGUGAUCGACAGUCUGUCGAGCUUAAUGCUAUUGCUUUCUUGUUCGAUGGCCGUCGCCUUCGAGCCGAGCAGACCCCUGAUGAGCUCGAAAUGGAAGAAGGUGAUGAGAUAGAUGCAAUGCUUCAUCAAACAGGAGGUACAUCUGGGUGAUGUUUGGAUGUAGAGUGUUGUAUGGUUUUGUGUCUGGUAGAAAUACUAGUUGAACUUUGUUGAUUCUGGUUGGUCUUGUUUUGUGAGGUCUUUCUCUGGUAAACUUUACGUGUUAACAUGCAUUUGCUUGUUUUACCUUUGCGGUUGUUUUAUUUUAAAGAUUAUGUUAUUUGCGUACGAA